UGCGCUCACGGAGGCAGUGAAAACCUCCGUUGGGUAUAUGCGCUCGCAGAUGUCAUGUGAAAACCCACAUGCUGGCCUUACAGCACAACUGAAGAGUCCGAGCACCGCUUCACUCACCUCUGGAAUGGUUUUGCACAGUAGUCUCCCACUUUGACGAGACCAAACUUCACCACCGAGGAUUUUGUUUUUUUACUCUGGUUUAUGUUUGUUUCUUCAUGACUGACGCGCUCGGGAGCGAGUCGCCACCACUAUGCGAGCCCAAAUUGAAGUCAUACCAUGCAAAAUCUGUGGAGACAAGUCAUCAGGCAUCCACUAUGGAGUCAUCACAUGUGAAGGCUGUAAGGGUUUCUUCAGGCGCAGUCAACAGAACAAUGCCUCCUACUCCUGUCCCCGUCAGCGCAACUGCCUAAUUGACCGAACAAACCGCAACCGCUGCCAGCACUGUCGGCUCCAAAAGUGCCUGGCUCUGGGCAUGUCCCGGGAUGCUGUUAAGUUUGGCCGCAUGUCCAAGAAACAGAGAGACUCCUUGUACGCAGAGGUUCAAAAACACCAGCAGAGGCUGCAGGAGCAGAGGCAGCAGCAGACGGGCGAAGCGGAGGCCCUCGCUCGUGUUUACUCCUCCAGCCUCACCAAUGGCCUCAGCACCCUCAACCACGAGAUUGGAGGGACAUACGCCAAUGGUCACGUUAUAGACAUGCCCAAGGGUCAGCCGAACGGCGCUCCUGGAGGUUACUAUGGCAUGGACUCCACACAGGCCAGCCCGGAUCAGUCUGGACUGGACAUGACUGGAAUGAAGCAGAUCAAACAGGAACCCAUAUAUGAUCUCACCCCUGUUCCCAACCUUUUCACCUACGGCUCCUAUCAAGACAGCCAGCUAGCACCUGGAGUGUCUAUGGGGGAAUUAGACCGAAUUGCACAGAACAUCAUAAAGUCCCACCUGGAGACGUGUCAGUACACAGCGGAAGAGCUUCAGCAAUUAGCCUGGCAGACGCACUCCUAUGAAGAGGUCAAGAUGUACCAAAGCAAGACACGGGACGUGUUGUGGCAGCAGUGUGCUAUACAGAUAACUCAUGCCAUUCAGUAUGUGGUAGAGUUUGCUAAGCGCAUCACUGGCUUUAUGGAGCUUUGCCAGAAUGACCAGAUAUUGCUACUGAAAUCAGGUUGUCUGGAGGUAGUGCUGGUCAGAAUGUGCCGGGCAUUCAACCCUCUCAACAACAUGGUUCUGUUUGAGGGGAAAUACGGAGGCAUGCAGAUAUUUAAAGCUCUAGGCUGUGACGACCUGGUCAGUGCGGUGUUUGACUUUGCCAAGAGUCUGUGUUCACUGCAGUUAACGGAAGAGGAGAUUGCCCUUUUUUCGGCUGCAGUGCUCAUUUCUACAGACCGGCCGUGGUUAAUGGAGCCCAGGAAAGUGCAGAAGCUACAAGAGAAAAUCUACUUUGCCCUGCAGCACAUCAUGCAAAAGAACCAUCUGGACGAGGAUGCGCUGGCCAAGCUGAUUAGCCGGAUCCCUACGCUGUCGGCUCUGUGCACUCUCCACACAGAGGAGCUUCAAGCCUUCCAGCAGCUCCACCCAGAGACGGUUAACAUGCUCUUUCCCCCUCUCUAUAAGGAGCUCUUCAAUCCUGACGCCGCUGGUGUCAUGCCCAAAUGACCCGACACGUUUACCAACACACUUCAUUCAACAAUCGACAGGCUGUCCUUGGGAGUUGUUGCAGAGAAUGAACACUGUGUCGCAGCAUCCACAGAUUUUGCAGCCACAACAACAACAACAAAAACUCUAGGAAUGUCCUGCACUUCAAAAAUCCAACUCAAUUUCACCGGUACAGUCAUAAGAAUGUAUAUAUGCGGCAGCAGCAAAAGGCGCCUUCAGUUUGACAAGAAAUGUACAGACUUUAGGACAAUUUAAGCUGUCUAUAAAUUGGGUAAGUUAAUUUGUUUGUUUGACUUCUCUCUUUUUAUAUAAAAUAUUGUUAUAUUGAAAUGAGAAGGUGGGGAGUGCAUUCAAAAAUGAUAAUGUAGUCAUUUCUCUAGUACAAAGCGGUAUUCCAGUAUUAAAUUUUGUUCUGUUAAUAUUUUAGUCAUAAUUUAAAAACAAAGGUGGCCUGAAAGGCCCGUACCUUGUCUAUGUAAUUUUUCGUAUUUGUUUUGUAGUUUUACCUGUACAUAAUAUGUGAAGUUGAAACUGGUGUAAAGUUAACGGGGGACUAACUUUGUUUGGCCACGUUUUAAAGCCUUGUCUGGGCUAUGUAGAUAUGUAUAAACAGCACCACAACAUUAAUCCUACAACUAAGGAUUUUUGAAGUGGAAAAAUAAUUGAUAAUGGAUACUUUUCCAUACGAAAGUAUAGAGAUAUAUAUUUUACAAAAAUUGUAUGACCGAUUACCAUCUUGUCAGUCAUAGCUGCAAUAACAGUUUCUGUAACUGCUGAAAAACAAUCCAGUCAAAUGUGACAUUAUGGGAAGCCCUCAGAACUACAUCGAAUCUAUAAUCCCGUUUGCUCUAAAUGCCUCAAAAUGCUGUUCUUACUGCCAAAAAUGUGAAGCUGCAGUCCUCUGUCUGUGAAGGCAUAAAUAGCUACUGUAGUACACAAUUAGUUAUAUCAUUUACUGCCACUGAUAUGAAGUCUACUCAACUGUUUUCUGCUGCCUUUAUAGUAGAUUUUCUGACUUGAGCAAUAAUUUCUAAUCUGUCAUUAUGUGCCCAGGUCAGGCUGGGUCUGUGGUAUUCUUAACCAUAUGCUAAUUGUAAAGUACUCAUCCUUAUUUUGAACAUCCAUUUAUUUACAUAUUCAUUAGAUAAAAUAUUUUCUGUGUUUGGCAAUACUUAAUUUAAGGUGAAUAUCUGAAGACAUCUAAAAUUAGUCAUUCUAUUACAAAUUAUUAUUUUUUUAAAAAGAUAACAGUAAUGGGAUUUAUGUAGAUAUGGGUAGAAAAGCAAUCAGUUGGAGCAUUGUUUCAGGAAUCAUAUUUUAUCAUAAUCAAAAAGAAAUUCUACAAAAAUAAAAUAAGAUCCUACUGGAUAAAUGGAAAUCCCUAUUUUUCAUGUUUUUAUUUAUGUAUUAAUUUUAUUUAUUUAUUUAUUUUUGGAUAGAAAAUUGCUUAAUUGGGAAUAAAAAAGGAAUAUAAUUCGGAUUAGGUGAUUGUCUUGGAAUUUAGCUGGUUAAGAAACCAUUUUAGGAAAGCAGAUUUAAAUAUGACAGCUUUAACAGUCAUUCUUAAGCACAGAGAUGUUUCCUGUCACUCAAUACACUGAGCAUGCUUAAAUUGCUGUAAUCCACUGUUAAAAGACUUUGUAAAAGCUUAAUGCAAGUGGUAAUGACAAUCAUCUUUGAGUACUCACAUUGCAGUAUAGAACCAUGAAUGCAGCUACUGUAGGAAGACUAGUAGCUCAAUUGGAAGAAUUCUAAAUGGGCAGUUUAGGUUUGGACCCUUUUGGUCCAAAGAUAAAUCUCGUAAGUACCAUCUCAUACCACCAGGUGGAGAUACUGAGAGCGCUUUCCCCCUUCUCUUGACCUGUACUCACAGGAUGUAAAGCCAUAUGUCAGUUUCUGAAGGAAAAAAACAUAAAUACGCAAGCUAGGACAUUCGGUUACACCGAUCAGUGAAUUUUUAGUACAUCUUGAUGCAUUUAUAUUGUAAAAUGCACUUGAAAGCACUUAAUUACUGUAUGAAGGAUUAAUAAUACAUGGUAUUAAAUACAUGCACAAAUGUUGUCUGCUGAGAAGCAAUCAUACUACCUGUUCAAGUCCUCCUACUGAACCAAACGCUCUCAGUCCAACUUUAAGGGAAUGUUUCCAAUUCCUUCAAUGUUAGUUUCCUGUUCAAGACAAUCAUUUCUGGGUGCAUUUGUUCUUGGCACCCAUCUCAGGGACUUCUCUUUUAAUGUUCUCAAUAGAAAGAGAGUACUAUUUUAAAAGAAAUAUGGACAUUUUUAGGGAAUUAAAUACAAUCACAGCGGUUUCUUCACAUACAAAACCUACCCAGACAAGGCUUUGGUGUGUGUAUGUAUGUGUGUGUGUGUGUAAAGCGUGUACCCAUCGUUGAGGGGUGAAACAGGCUCAAUUGCCACACUGCAUCGCUUGUUGCACGUCCCAGCAGACAGCUCUCUCUCUCUCUCUCUCUCUCUCUCUCUCUCUGUAAAUAUCAAUGUGCAGCAGUGUACCAGCAAUGGUGCUAGUGCUGAGCUCCAAAUUAAAACAUUGUAAUUAUUAAGCAUCUCCUAAAAUUAAAUGGAUUUUAUGUAAGUUAGAUUAUUUAUACAGAGCAUGAAUAAGCUGCUCUCUAUCUAUUUCUAUGCUCAUUACAGAAAAUGGAUUCAGUCAGAAAUCAUUUUAAACAUAUGAUGAAGGCUUUUUGUAUUAGACUGUGAAUUGAGGACGAGAGGAAUUUGUAUCUAUAUGAAAGGUUCAACACUGUUAGGUACUGUAGCAAUAACUGGAAGCAUUUACUACAGUCAUCUUUGCAUUCUAAGAUUAUUUUUAUUUUAUUAUAAUUAUAUUAUUAUUAUUAUUAUUAGCCUAUUGUUGUUCAGUUAUUCUUGCAUGCUGGUUCAUAACAAUGAAACCUUUGGGCUUUUGUGUUUUCUUAUGUGUUGCUGAGAGGGGGUGGGCAAUGGGGGUCGGGGGGUUGGUUUCGGGCUCGUUUUUAUUCUGAAUGUUUCUGGGUUGAUGUUGACUUAAAACACCACACCCUCUUCAUUCUGUUCGAACACACUGACAUAAGCACAAAGUAUUUCUUACUGUGUAGAAUAAUAUAAGGGCACUAAAGGUCAAAACAUACUCUACGCAAGUAUGUAAACGCAGACGCAAGCUCCUUUGGUCGUUGCCGCAUGGGGCGUUAUUAUGGCGCGAAAAUAUAUUUUAUUGCGGUCUGUUUUCUCUUUUAGGUCAAUUAGUGUCAUGGAAGAGCUACAGUUAGUUAAAGUCUGUUUGUUUGAGGCAACUUACCUGAAUGUAACUUUAUCUCUCCCUUGAGUCUUGUUACUGCCGCCAGAUCAAUUUAAGAGCAAGUCACUCGCACAUGCGCAGUUGUACGCGCACCGUUCGCGCGGUUGGCCUGCACAUGCACGCGGACCCUCUUUAUGACGAAAAUUACGUCACACGCACAGCGUUCAGCGGAGUGUCGCUGAACGCGGACGGCCGAAGUAUUCUUUGGGCUGUCAGUGCGUUGACCAAGCACUCGCGUCUGCGCAUGCGUACGUUAAAUGUUUUGGUCCUUAAAAGUUUACUGAAGACUGAUUUAAGUCUCCUCCACUGUAUUCUGCUAGACCCGUAUGAAUAUAUCAGCUAGGCAUAAACUAGUCCUACACUUAACAUGAAGGAAGUAACAGAUGUCUGUGUGUUUUUUAGUUAUAAACUCGCGUGCGACCACAGAUGGCUAAAGUACAUUCUUCUACUGAAGUACUGAUGCAUACUACACAUUUCUUUUUUUGUUUUGUUUUUCUUUUCUUUUCUUUUCUUUUUUCUUUUUUUAGUUAAUUAAUGAAUUAAUGAAUCAGAAUGUGUCUGUCUCCCUGGAUGAAAAAAAACAAACAAAGGUAGCAUCUGUUACCAAAACCCUUAAGACUGUACUUAGCGUGCAGAAUUUUUUUAAUGUACUAAAUAUGUAAACGAAACAUUUUUGUUUUCAAGUGCCAUAGCUAGUGUGAAGUGAAGCUGAAUGGCAUAUGGGGUAGAUGCUUUACUGUACAACUUGUUUACUUGAGAAGCAAUCAAAAAGUGGAAUUCAGAUGCAAGUGUGAAUAUUCAGACAACCAACUGUUUGUUGUUCAUGGAGAACAGGCUCUGAUUGACAGAACUUUAGCACAUGUCCACAAUACAAGUAAAGCACAUGUAGCAUGGGAGGGUGGGGGUUCUGUUAACUUGCCAACAGUGUGAGUGUGAGCUUAUGUGUGUAUGUAUAUAUGUGAGUUUGAUUGUAAAACAGUAUAUAAGUUAAGGGUGAAUAGCACUUUGUGUGAUGGACUGAAUAUGCUGAAUAUGUCUGCUUGUACUUGUAAGAGUGGGGGGCGGGGGGGGGGAUGGGGGGGGGGGGUUGAGCUUGAGGUGCAAGCAUUGUGGAAUGGACAUGCAAAAGUACUGAUUAAUCAAGACCUUAAAGUGUCUCCUCCAUGUUGUAUAUACUAAGUGAAGGACUUAAGUGAUUUUUGUUAAAUUCUAUAUUUUAUGGCUUUUGUAGACAUUUCUUUGUGGGAUAAAAAAAUAAAGAAAAUUUUAUGGAUGCAA